AUGGUGGCUCGGGAGUGCUCAACAGCAGUUCACGCGGUCUCUACAGUUUUAGUUCUAGAAAGAGGAGGGUCUCCCUAUCGCAAGCCUGGCAAGACAGACAAAGGGAACUUCUUGCUUACUCUUUUAGAUCCCUCGCCCGAUUCAUAUGCUGAAGUGUUCGUUACGGAGGAUGGAGUAUACAACCACCGAGCACGCGUUCUUGGCGGUGGCUCCGUCGCAGGGUUUUACUUGUAUGCUGAAACCGAGUUCGUCAAGGUAUCCGGUUUGGAUGAAGCUCUAGUAAACGAUUCGUAUCGCUGGGUUGAAAAGAAGGUGGUAUUCGAGGCACCUGUGUUGCAGUGGCAAUCUGCAGUCAGGGAUGGGCUGCUUGAAGCCGGGGUUUUACCGUUCAACGGAAUCACGUACGACAACGUCAAUGGGACAAAAAUUGGCUCAACCAUUUUUGAUGAAGAUGAUCACAGACAUAGUGCAGCUGACUUGCUCGAGUAUGCUGAUCCAAAGAAUAUCAAGGUUUACUUGCAUGCCACGGUUCACAAGAUCAUUGCCACAACAGAAACCGUUGGAUCACGACCAAAAGUUGAAGGGGUGAUAUAUAAGGAUGCAUUGGGAGUAAGGCACACGGCAUUUUUAACAAAAGACCCCAAGAGUGGAAUAAUCGUAACAGCAGGUGCCAUUGGAAGCUCACAAUUACUGAUGCUGAGUGGAAUCGGACCUGCACAGCACCUCAAGGAACUUGGCAUAAAGGUGGUGAUGGACCAACCCAUGGUUGGCCAAGACAUGGCCGACAAUACAUUGAACGGCCUUUUUAUUCCUUCCCCUACCCCGGUCGAGCUCUCACUCAUUUCUGCCGUCGGCAUAUACCUACCUUCUAACUAUAUUUUACCAGGAAGUGGCUUGAAUUUGGCUCCUUCAUUCGGAUGGAUUUCUGAAUUUUUUCUCCGCGUCAUAAAUAAGGUUUUCUUACCUACCGAUAUCGGAUCCUUCUUCGAUAAGAGGCUUAACGGAGGAAUUAUCGUUCAGAAAGUUGCUCGUCCACUCUCAAAAGGGAAUAUCGAGCUUCGGAGCACAGAUCCAAACGAUACCCCCAAGGUGACGUUUAAUUACUUCAAAGAACCAGAGGACUUGAAACCGUGUGUGCAAGGCAUGCAAACUGUAAUAAACGUCGUAAACUCCAAAGCCUUCUCGAAAUUCCGCUACCAAACAAUCUCGACCCAACAACUUCUGAACCUGGUGGCGGCGCUUCCGUUAAACCAGAGACCUCGAAAUGCUAAUACUACAAAGUCUUUGGAACAAUUCUGCAAUGACACUGUGAUGACAUUUUGGCAUCAUUAUGGAGGAUGCCAAGUUGGUAAAGUUGUGGAUCAAGAUUACAAGGUACUUGGCCUGGAUGGCCUCAGAGUUAUCGAUGCUUCAACGUUUAAUUUCACACCCGGAACUAAUCCUCAGGCUACGAUCAUGAUGCUCGGAAGGUAA